AUGGCCACACACGAGGCUCACCACAACGCCGUCCCUCCACAGGACGUGGAGAAGGAUGUGCAUACCUCUGGUGCCGACCACUACAAUGGUGCCAAUGGUGCUCAAGUAGGCCAAAACACAUACUCACGACAAGCCGGGCCUUUCUCCCGCGUUGCCGACUACCGGAACAUGACUGAAGGAGAAGCGCAGGCAUUCGGUGGUUCGCUCCAACCCGGUGUAUGGAAGCCGUACGAACACAGAAAGUUCGCCAACCCGGCACCACUCGGUCUCUCGGCCUUCGCCCUCACGACGUUCGUCCUUUCUUGCGUCAACCUCCACGCUCGCGGCGUGACUGCGCCCAACAUUGCCGUCCCCCUCGCCUUUGGAUACGGAGGUCUGGUCCAGCUCCUCGCUGGCAUGUGGGAGAUGGCUGUCGGCAACACCUUUGGUGCCACUGCUCUCUCAUCGUACGGCGGCUUCUGGAUCGCAUACGGCAUCCUCUUGACCCCCAACUGGGGCAUCAUCGCCGCGGACGGCCCCUAUGCUGCCAACUACUCUGAUCACUACUCAGCUGUCGGCUUCUUCCUGACGGGCUGGUUCAUCUUCACGACGCUGCUACUCCUCUGCACGCUGCGCUCGACCGUGGUCUUCUUCUCCCUCUUCUUCACCCUCGAUUUAGCUUUCCUCUUCCUCGCCUGCGAGAACUACGCCGCCAACAAUGGUGCGUUGACCGCAUCGCGCAACCUGCAGAUUUGCGGUGGUACUUUUGGUAUGCUUGCCGCGUUUUUGGCGUGGUAUUGCGCUCUGGCAGGUCUUCAGGACGAUAGCAACUCCUUCUUCCAGGUCCCUGUUUUCCACCUCCCGUGGUCCGACAAGGGCAAGGAGAUUCGCCGGGCCAAGAGCAACGUCGCCUAA